AACACAGGUUAAACAAAAUGAAAGCAAACCGAGUAAUUAUAUUAUUAUUUUUAUGCUCUGAUUAUUUGUGUGCUUGUAAAAUAUGGCCAUUUACCUAAUGUUGUUAAUCUUCUCUACCUGGUUAAGCCACUGUGUCUGUGUUGAACCCUUUAAUUAUGUCGAAAAUGGGAGCAUUGGAUCAAAACAAGCAGUACGAGUUGGUGUAGUUAUUGACUUGGAUUCAGAUGUUGGGAAGAUAGCAGAGAACUACACAUCCAUGGCGCUUUCCGACUUCUACACUAGAUAUGCAGAUUAUCGGACGAGACUGAAUGUUGCAGUGAAGAAUUAUGGGAAAGAUGAUGUUAUUUUUGCAGCAUCGGCAGCAUUAGAAUUGAUGAAGAAUGAACAAGUAGAAGCUAUAAUAGGACCCCAUAGAUCAUCAGAAGCAAAGUUUGUGAUAGGUCUCGGAGAAAGAGCUCAAGUUCCCAUUAUUUCAUUCUCAGCUACCAGUCCUACUCUGUCUCCAACUCAGAGCCCGUUUUUCAUUAGGACAUGCCACGAUGAUUAUUCCCAGAUAAAACCCCUGACAUCCAUUGUUCAAGCAUUUGGAUGGCGCCAAAUCAUUAUAAUCUACGAAGAUACGGAAUUCGGCAACGGUUUGAUUCCAUAUCUAGCAGAUGCCCUUCAAGAGAUUGAUGCAAGGAUCGUUUACAGAAGUGUCAUUUCGAAACCAAAGAAUAUUCCUCUAGAGCUCGAGAAGAUAAAGGCAAUGGAGACAAGGGUAAUAUUGGUGCACAUGACUGAUGCACUGGGGUCUCGACUCUUUCUUGCUGCAAAUCAGACAGGAAUGAUGAGUAAAGGCUAUGUCUGGAUGAUCACAGAUGGGUUAUCGACAUUGUUGCAUUCGCUUGAGAAACAAGUAACUGAAUCGAUGCAAGGUGUGUUGGGUAUAAGGCCCCAUGUGCCAAACACCAACCGUCUUCAAGAAUUCAAAACCAGAUGGAAAAUUUCAGAGAUAAACCUUUUUGGUUUAUGGGCAUACGAUACCAUUUGGGCAUUGGCCAAGGCUGUUGAACUGGUUUCGGAAUCACACUCAAAUGCCUCAACUCAAAGCAUCAAUAAUGGAAGGAAUAUAGGUGAAGCGUUUUUAGGCCUAAGGGUAUCUGAGUCAGGUCCAGUGCUCCUCGAAAAGUUAAAAUUUACUAGAUUUGAAGGCCUAAGUGGGAAAUUCCGUUUGAUUAGAGGACAGUCCGAAGUGUCAGAGUUUGAAAUAGUGAAUGUGAGAAGGAAAAUGGGUGAAAGAGUUAUUGGUUAUUGGACCAAAAAGAAAGGAAUAUCAAGUGAUUCAUGGGAAAAUGCUAAAACGGGAUACUUGUCUUCCAUGCAUGAACUAAUAAAAGGAAUCAUUUGGCCUGGUUAUGCAAAAGCCCCGCCAAAAGGUUGGAAUAUACCAGUGACUGGUAAGCGGUUGAGGAUUGGGGUCCCUUUGACAUCUGGUUUUAAUGAGUUUUUGAACUUUAAAUGGGAUCCUAUAACUCUUGAGCCCACAAACUUUUCAGGAUUCACCUAUGAUGUUUUCAUUGCUGCUUUAGAAAAAUUGCCAUUUCAAAUUCCCCACACGUUUGUUCCAUUCGUAAAUAGUUCUAGACAAAGUAAUGGUACUUAUGAUGAGUUUCUUUACCAGAUUAAGCUUCAGAAGUUUGAUGCUGUAGUAGCAGAUGCAACAAUAACUGCAAAUAGGAGUACAUAUGUUGAUUUUACAAUGCCAUAUUCUGAAUCAGGGGUAUCAAUGGUUGUGAAAGUUAAUGAUAAAAAAAAUAAUAAUAUCUGGAUUUUCCUAAAACCACUAAAAUGGGAUCUUUGGCUAUCAUCCGGAUUAGCACUCUUCUUCACAGGCUUUGUAGUAUGGCUUCUUGAACAUCGUACGAACAGAGAGUUCAGAGGUCGACCAGACCAACAGCUUAGCACAAUUCUGUGGUUCUCCUUUUCAACUCUGGUGUUUGCUCAUAGAGAGAAAGUGGAGAACAACUGGUCAAGGUUUGUGUUGAUCAUAUGGGUUUUUGUGGUACUCAUCCUCACACAGAGUUACACUGCUAGCUUAGCCACAAUGUUGACAGUGCAAAGGUUGCAGCCAUCGGUUGUGGAUGUUAACGAGCUGAGGAUGAAUGAUUAUUUUGUUGGAUACCAAAAGAACUCUUAUGUGAGAGAGCUCUUAACAGGACAAUUGAACCUCAACGAAUCCAGGCUAAGGCAUUAUAGUACACCAGAGGAGUAUCAUGAUGCACUGUCUAAAGGGAGUAAAAAUGGUGGAGUUGAAGCUAUCUUUGAUGAAAUCCCCUAUAUUAAGCUCUUCCUUGCCAAGUACUGCUCAGGAUACACAAUGGUUGGACCAAAGUACAAGUCCGACGGGUUUGGCUUUGCCUUCCCAAGUGGAUCCCCACUAGUCUAUUACUUUUCAAGGGCAAUCCUGAAUAUCACCGAAGAUCAUAAUAAAAUGCAAGAAAUGGAAGAAAAGUAUUUUGCAGAUCAGACCAAAUGCCAAGAUUCUGCAGCUUCAUCCACUACAUCAUCAGGAAGUAGUCCUAGUCUCAGUGUGUGUAAUUUUGGUGGCCUCUUUAUCAUCACAGGACUUGCUUCGAUUUUUUCGUGCGUGAUAUAUUUCGUUAAGUUCCAACGCAACAACAACAUUCGUUCUUCUAUGAAUGCCAUUCAUUCAAAAAGCUCUCUAUGGUCCAGAACUACUCAAAUGCUAAAGAAUUGUGCCUGCAAGGAUCUCCCUUUGAGAGCUGAAUCAAACAUGCGGAGUUGAAAUUUUCAGUGCUUAAUUCUGAUAGCAAUAAUAAUACUGGGGAAAGUGAAUCUAUAUUGUAUAUGUGAAUGUGAUAUGUGAAAGUGAAACAGAGCAGUAAUUGACAAUCUCUAUUCUGCCAAAACUAAGAAAGCUACUAUAGCUGUAGUAAUCAAUAACAAAAAGCCUGUAUUAUGUCCCUCGCAUUUAUACCCAAAUCUAGAUAUAGAUUUGGCAGCAGGAAUACUGAAGGUCUCGCUUAUUUAGAAGUUUUAACACAAAAUUGUUUUAAAGAUUUUUGUUGUAAUAUUUAGAAUUUAACAAAUAUUUAAUUUCA